AUGUCAUUACCAGAAACGGUCACCGGAGAUCCUUCGGUGGUCGUUGAGGAAAAGGAGCUGGUGCGCUUCGAACGGGCCGAAGAGUACCUCUCCCUUCUCUCGUUGCUGGUGAGUCCAACAACCGGCACGAGUGCAACACCACCAACCCCUUCGACCUCAGCCAUCCACUCUACCACUCAGGAUGAAGCUCUUAGCAACCUAGUGACAAUCCUGGACGAAUACCAAGACCAGUCGCACCUGUUGGAUCCUUACCUCGAACAGAUCGUAUCCCCUCCGGUCGAGUCACUGCAGCGACAUGUUCGCUCUGUGGCCCAGUCGCAGGCUCAACCCCUGUCAGCUGACUCUGUGACUCGCCUCAGCAAGCUCGUUUACGCGUACACAAAGGUGCGAGGGUACAAGACCAUCGUCCAUUACUUUCCACACGAAGUGGCCGAUCUACCAGCCACGCUUUAUUUCUUGGAAGAGCUGCAACGAUCUCAAGAGUCCUCAACCAGCGCCCUUACAGCAAACAGCUGGGAGCUCCGAUACGUUUGUCUGCUGUGGUUGUCGCUUAUCUGCAUGAUCCCGUUCGAUCUGGCGAAGUUCGACAGGACGCACCAGGAUGGCAACGGCACGACUGCCUCGAGGAUUUCAGCUCUCGCGAACCACUUCAUUGCUAGCCCGGGGAAGGAGCGCGAUGCAGCAGCGGUGGUGCUUGGUCGUCUGUUCCAGCGAAGCGAUGUCCAACAGAGUGAUCUCUUUACCGCUUUCCUUGACUCGAGCGUACAAGCCCUCGGCAGCGGCAAGCUCAGCCCUUUCCACGCAAAUGGGAUUCUUCAGGCGCUUUGCGAGGUACUCAAGACGAGCGAGCCUGCCUUUGUGAGCACCCACCUCGAAGCGAUCCAAGGUAUUGUUGAUGCAUAUGAAGCUCCUCGCAAUGCUUUGCUUGCGAGCAAUGGUCUGAUCAUCAAAUACAAGACCAAGCUCACAAGCAGAUUGGCACUCAAGCUGCUCCGUCCGCGGGCUCGAAGGCAUGCAAACAAGUUUCACAUUCUGAGCGGAACUGUAAACGAUGUCGUAUCCAUGUCAUCACCUAAAACGAACGAGUUCGGGGACGACGAUGACGAGUCCGAUAUACCCGAAGAAGUCGAGAGGUUCAUCGCAAGUCUCAUUGAGGCCCUGCAGCACAAAGACACAGUGGUACGAUACAGCGCAGCCAAAGGGCUUGCUAGACUCUGCGAUCGCCUCCCCACAUCGUUCGUCGAUCAGGUGGUAGACGCUGUCAUCUCGCUCUUCCAUAUCAAUAUCCCCGACAUCUAUAGCGGCGCAACCGACCUAACCUCCGUGUCAGAGCACACGUGGCAAGGAGCAUGUAUGGCGCUAGCCGAGUUGUCGCGGCGCGGUCUGCUGUUCAAGGACAUGCUGUCCGAGGCGUUGCCGUGGAUCCUCAAGGCACUGCUGUUCGACGUGAGAAGAGGAGCACAUUCGGUCGGAUCGAAUGUUCGAGAUGCAGCCUGUUACGUUGUAUGGGCGCUGGCGAGGUCGAACGAUGCAGAGUCGAUCCGGCCGCACGCGAUCGAGAUGGCGAAGCGAUUGGUGGCGGUAGCGACGCUGGAUCGGGACGUAUCAAUCCGGCGCGCGGCGAGUGCAGCGUUCCAAGAGUCCGUGGGCAGGCUGGUGCUGUUCCCGCACGGAAUUGAUGUGAUCAAGGUGACGGAUUUCUACGCUGUCAGUGUCAGAAGGAGUGCGUUUCUGGAAUGCGCGGUCAAAGUGGCUGGGUUUGAAGAGUACAGAGGGUAUCUGCUAGAUCAUCUUCUGGAUGUGGUGACAGUGCACUGGGAUCCCGCGAUGCGUCAAUUGGGCGCACAGUCGAUUGCGCUCAUCGCCAUGCACGAACCCACAGUGAUGCUCCCAGAGAUCACGACUCGACUGAGCAAGCGCAUCGGCACAUCCGACAAUGCGGUGCUACACGGCUCGCUUUUGACGCUCGCUGAGCUUUGUCGGCUCUCCCGCACGCUUUCGGAUGACAAUGAUGGGGCUGUCACGGGCGAGAAAGUCAGAGCUAACUGCUUCGGCUUGCUUGACGCAGUGCGGCCGAGUGUGUUUCGCUCGCUCGGCGCAGCAUCCAUCCUUCAAGCGGCGUGUCAACUCAUCGGUGCUGCUUUCCCGCCAUCGACUACAUCAUCUUUGACCGAGGCACAGACAUGGGAAACAGUGCUCAACAUCGCCCUUGCACGCCAAGAAGAAGCCGUGCACAUCGCUGCUGCCGAAGCCAUCGCUCAACUCAGCACCACCGUCGACCUCUCCACCAAGAUCCGCUCUACACUCGACAACUGGUCCACCCUGACCCUGCCUCAGCAGCAGAGCAACACCCUCUGGCUCGGUGCAAUCGACUUUCGGCUGCACGAUGCCUUGUUUGAACCCGUCGUCGACCACCUGAUCGCUCUUGGCAAACCAGCCACGAAGACAAACCCAAACCCGCUCUACUCAAAUAACGUCGAAGUCCGACGCAAUGCAGCCGAUUGCCUCGCGCGUGCUCUGGUCGGACUGCAGAACCGAUUCUCCGAGGUUUGCAGCGUGGACACAUUGCAAAGGGCUGUACGCUCGAUGCUUGUCGGGCUGCAAGACUAUUCGACAGACCAGAGAGGAGAUGUGGGGUCUUGGGUGCGUUUGAGCUGUGUUGCAGGUUUGCGCGAGAUACUGAUUCUGUGCAGUGGGACGAAGCUAUUGCUGACCGAGGAAGACUUCCACCAAGCAAUCGCGGGUAUGUGGAAGCAAGCAGCUGAGCGGAUCGAUCAUGUGCGGCACACGGCUGGAACGAGCGUGCUUGCUAUCUACCACGCAUACCACUCUUGCGAAGGUGGGAUCAAGCCAGCGCGUUACGACGUCGUCGAAGCAGCCUACGGAGCUGGAUGUUUAGCCCCCUUUCGCCGGCAGCACUUCUCCGCUGUAGACGCUAGCAAUGACGACAGCGCAGCGCCACUGAGCCGAACCUUCAAAGAUCCCAAACGCGCCUUUCCACGGAUAUGUCAACUCUUGCUCAUCAAGCCUUACCGCCCCUCGAUUCUGGAAGGCCUCAUCGCCAGCGUCGGCUCCAAGUCCGAUCUCGGCGAACGCAUCAUCGGCCCUGCACUUACCGCUCUCCCCACCAUCCCCCUUCUCAACGACAUCUUCGAGCUUGCCAAAUCCAAGUUUGGCGACAACCGAAUUUUCGUCCCCGCUAUCUGCACCGUCAACCUCGUUCUCGAGAACGGAGCGGUGCUGUCUGGCGGUGAGGAAACAAUGACGCGCUUUGUCAGGAUGGUCAUGACCAAUGUGGCGAGGAUCAAAUCGGUGCCGAGACUUGUCGCCUCGGCGACGCUGUGUGCAAACACCAUACUUGCUAUCCCCGCGAGCGACGACAGCAGUGAAAGCACAUUGAUUCCUGCGCUGACUAGGGCUGCAGAGCUGUUUUUGACCCAGUCUUAUCCCAUGGUGAGGGUCAAGUUCGCCGAACAGCUGUAUGCCGUUCUCUCGUCGAGCGUAUCCUUUGAUGAGGAAGAGGAGGAAAAGAUGGAGCUGUGGCAAGAGAUCGAGAUUGCGCUCCUGGAUACGAAGUGGAGUGUUUCGACCGGGUCUGACAUCGGCACGGUGAAGCGCAUCACUGCUGCCCUGCCUCGCAUUCUGCUUUGA